UCCAGUGUUGUGGGUAGAGUUCCAGGUGUAGAGCAUCCUCACUGUCCCAUCUGCACGGCCACACCGUGGGGUAGGUGGAGGUGUUCCAGGGAAGGCCCCGAUGGCACCUGCGCUGCCACCUGCUAGCCGGAAGCUGUGACUCGUCGCUCACUCCUUCGCUGGGAGAGGGCACUGUAUGCUGGACCUGGGAGGUGCACUGAUGCUGAAGAACUAUGAGCUUUCAGAACUUCUGGAGAGACUACAAAGUUCUGGUUGUUAUGGUACCUUUAGUUGGGCUCAUACAUUUGGGGUGGCACAGAAUCAAAAACAGCCCUGUUUUCCAAAUACCUAAUAAGGACAAGGUUCCAGAGCCAGAUAAUCUGGCACUUGCAAGUUCUCAGAAGAGCCACAUCCAAGAGAAAUAGAAGGCUUGCAAUCUUCAG